GAUCCGUAUGCAUGGUCGGGUGGAUUUUCGUCGCUAGAUCUUCUAUCCCGCUGCAGCUUGGUCAUGUGAAUCAUUUCUGACGGGAGAUGAUAGUCUAAUAUUCAUUGUCAGUAACACAUAAAUUUUGUUACUGUGUCAAUGUUUGGCAAAAUGACGUUUCAGCAACGACAAGUAUUCUGGGAUGGGUUUUAAAUCAGGAAGUUAAUUAUCGGGUACCGAGAACGAAGCCGGCCAAGGUUUUAUUUCAAAAGUAGUCCUCAUUUACGUCGGGAGAGAAACAGACUCAUCAUAUUGGUUCGGUUUGUUCUUCACUACAAAUUAUUCCGACAAUAAUUUGGAAUAACUGAGAUUAUCGAGACACUUUCCUCCUUUUGCGAGACUGUUUACAGAUAUGUGAGGACCACACAAAUACCGAUAACGCCCAACAAGAUCCGAGACAAGUUGGGCUCUCUAGGUACCGAAUCGUGUAUGGUUCCGAAAUGGCUGAUGGGGAUAUGGACGAUCUGUCCCAGCUGGGGAAUUUAGAUAAUGAUACAAUAAAAAGGGCUCUGAAGACGCGGUAUGCCAAAAACAAGAUAUACACAAACUGUGGGGACAUACUCAUAGCAGUAAAUCCAUUCAAAGAUCUACCAAUCUUUGGGAAGAAGCAACAUGAAGAAUAUCACUGGAAAAGUCUAAAACGAAUGCCACCACCGCACGUGUUCUACACGGCAGCACGUGCAUACCGGCGAAUGCAAGAGACUCGAACUAACCAGGUCAUUCUGGUUGAGGGAGAAUCAGGGUCAGGGAAAACCGAGAGUACCAAAUAUAUGGUCAAGCACCUCGUGUCGUUGUGCCCAAGAGAGGCCGGUGAUCUGCACAAUCGGAUUGUCAAGAUCAACCCUCUCCUCGAAGCCUUCGGCAAUGCCAAAACUACGAUGAAUAAUAAUUCCAGCAGAUUUGCCAAAUAUCUAGAGAUGACUUUUGUUACCGACGGACAUGUGAAAGGAGCCAUUGUAAGAGACUACUUGUUGGAAAAAUCUCGGGUGGUUGACCAGAUGGACAGAGAAGGAAACUUUCACAUUUUCUACUGCCUGUUCGCUGGAGCUCCUGCUACUGUCCUGAAAAAUCUGUACCUGAAGGACGCCAACACUUACAGAAUCCUAAAAGGCAACCGCGAAUUACUUGCUGGAAGGGAGUUCUACAAAAAAAUGUACGAGGAACAGAUUGAAGUACUGAAGUCUAUUAAUUUGGAACAACAGGAUAUUGACAUCAUCCACACAGUACUGGCGGCCAUUCUCCUCAUCACACAGGUGGAAUUCGAGGAGCCGGAUGACCCAAACGAAACAUUGAAAAUCAAAGACAGCACGCCCGUAUCCAACGUGGCCGAGCUACUGAAUGUCUCGUAUGAGGACUUAGGACAUGCACUAAUUGCCACGAAGCAGACGUAUGUUGGAGAAACUGUAGUGAAACGGAAGUCCAUGGCACAGGCCAUCGAUACGCGAGACGCCUUCGCUAAAGCCAUGUAUGAGCGUUUAUUCGGAUGGAUCGUCCGUCAAAUCAACAUGAACCUGCAUCCUGCGAAAGUAAAAUCAUCAACCGGAAGUGCAAGUAUAGGUAUUCUUGAUAUAGCCGGAUUUGAGAAACUGGAGUCCAACAGCAUGGAGCAGAUGUGUAUCAAUUUAAUUAAUGAGAGACUGCAGAGUUUCACUAACAAGAACGUAAUGGACUUUGAGAUUUCUAUAUAUAAAGAGGAAGGCAUUCAAAUCCCUGACAUAAAGUUUCAGAACAACGACGCCUUGUUGCAACUGUUCAUGAAGAAAACAUUCGGCUUGCUUUCAUUGCUUGACGAAGAGUCAAAGUUAGGACAAGGGUCGGAUGAAAAGUUCGUAAAAAAACUGAAAGACAACUACGGCACACACGAAAGUUUCACUGUAUCUCCGCAAGGACGAGUGGAAUUCGGUAUCCGGCACUUCGCUGGGCAGGUGUGGUAUGACGGAUCAAAUUUUGUCGAGAAGAAUCGAGAUAUGCUGAGCGCAGACAUUACCAGCUGUAUGAAGAACAGUGAAAAUCCAUUUGUGUCCGACCUAUUCAGCGCAAAGAAAGGACCAACGGGAACAAUCUCAGCGACUGUCCAUAACAUCAGACAGUCAAGAAGGGGAGCAGGUGCAGGUCCAAGGAAACCCCCUACAACACAAGGGCUGCGUCUGAUGGCUGAUCUCGGUAAAAGUCUGAAAGAAAGGUAUGGUGACACUCUUCGGGGUACAAGCCAGAUUUACAACCCGAAAGAUCACAAAACUGUCAUCUCAUACUUCCAGAGCUCUAUGAACGAGUUGUUGAAAAAAUUACAGCACGCAGAACCUUACUAUAUUAAGUGCAUCAAGCCAAACAUGCUUCAGCAACCAGACACAUUUGAUGAAGUGCAGGUUUCAGAACAGAUGCUUUACAACGGGAUCUCGGAGGUGGCUAAAAUAAGGAAACUGGGACUACCCGUCCGAAAACGUUAUGAUGAUUUUACAAAGAGGUACAGGCCAUUAUACGUGGAAUGCCGGAAGGCCAAGACGGACAGGGCUGGGACAGAGCUGCUCCUGACGAAAGUUUUGCCUGUUGAUAUGAUGAAAGGGAUAAAGUUUGGCAAAUCAAGGGUAUUCAUGCAGGAAGAUAUCAGUAUCUGGCUGGAGAAAUGUCGAAAUGUCAGGGAACGGGCAGCUGCAGAUGUAAUUGCUAAGAGGUGGAAGCAAUAUCAGGAUGAAAAAAAGAGAAAACAAGACGAACGAAGAUCCAUGCUGGAGAGGGAACGUGAUAUUACAGAUGGACUUGGCCACCCCUUUAGACAAAGCACAGAUUUUGGGCACUCAUUCAAGACUGAUACACCCUACGGAAUCGGGGAUUCUUAUAGAUCUAGUUUAAAUGGUUUAGGAUCAACAAGAUCGACGUCUUACUCUGACUCUGAGGAAGAUGACAGCAGUCCUGGAUCCACGAUGUACUUCAAUCCAAUAGAUCCAAAGAAUAUAGCCAGUUCUGUUGGACCACUGAAGCUUAAAGAAUUACGCAAGAAGAAGCAGGCCCCGACACCUGUUGUAGACCCCAUCCCUGACAACAACACCGAAGACAAGACUGAAGAUUCAAAGAAAGAUGACGCAGAAUUCUGGGAUAUUUUCAAAAUAAUUAGCCGUGAAGCGAAGCGUGAGGACAUUUACACCAGUAGCUGGAUGCAGAUUCUGAAGAUUAUCACGUACUUUGUGCUAGGGACGCUUCUUCUUGCAUGCUCCGUUGUGCAAAAGAUCAGUUUGGUAACACUCACGUCUGAAGAAAAAUCAUCCGUGGACAGGAGUGCUCGGUACAGCCUUCUCUUGAUUGCCAUCUGCAUUCCAUACACCCUGGUUUUCUUUCUCAGCCUUUGGAGAUCUUUGUUUGGCAACGUUCCCCUUCCGAGUUUGAAAAGUGUUAUAUUAGUGGUGUUGGUGGAAAUGUUGCACUCGAUAGGAGUGUCUAUACUGGCCUUCCGAAUCCUACCGGAACUCGAUGUAGUACGGGGAGUUCUUCUACUCAGUUGUACUUGUAUGGUGCCGAGUAUCCUUAAACCUUUGUGCUCGUCGACUAAGAACCCCAAAAUGAGAUACAAAUCGUCGGUAGGGAAGAUGUUUGAGUUCCUGCUGGAUGUGCUGGCAGCCCUAGGACAGCUAUUAGCUAUACCAGUGGUUGUGUUAUACGAAUAUUACAUAGACAACCGGGCUUUCGUAGAAGACAACAGAAAAAUAUUAGAGCUUGCGUUGGCUCUUUUCCUUUGUUCGUUGUCCUACUGGGAAAAUUUCAUCGACGAUAGAUUCUGCGGUGCCUUGAAGGAAACCAACAAGCUACAAAUCGCAAUGCUUGGAUUAAAAUUCGAUUUGCAAGAAUGUCGUCCAAUUGUAUACGUUGUUGCCACUCCAAUGAAGAUCGCCGUCACGGUCGUAGUUGCUUUUCUCUAUUUGGAGCAAGACAGGCAUCUAGAACUACAAUGGGCAUUUGAUAUCAUGUUAGGCAGAACUGAUGAAAGUUCCCUAAACUAUACAUCGGUCGCCUGUCUGAUUCUCUCUGCGUACAUUGGCCAUUAUAUCGCAUACACAGCCUGCAAACUUCAAAUGCAGAUUAUGUCCUACGCCGUGCCAUUACUUCUCUCCACUCCAGUUGCGGUUGCGAUACUUUAUCUUGACUGCGAGUAUAACUUUCUGAUAAAUGUGUCGAAUGAAGACCGCACCUGUGACCCAGCGUUUAUGGAUACCUGGUGGCACUUACCAGCAGGAGCUGGGUGGCUCAUAACUGUUUAUUGGGUUGGACGCCAUAUUUGGUUCCCCUAUCAGGAUAGACUUGCAAAGCUGGAACACUUGUUCAUGAGUCCAAUAUACUGCGGCGUUAUUAUGGAGCAGGAUCUGAUUAUGAACCGGCGUCGUCACACAAGAAAAAUAACCAAGGUUAACAUCGAGGGACAAACAUGCUACAGGUUAAACCUGGAUAGAGUAAAAUCCGGGAAGGAUGAAGAGGAGAUCGAAGACACUAUACCGCCCAUGAUUUACGCAUGCGGAACCAUGUGGCAUGAAACACGUCAGGAAAUGGUGCAGCUUCUCAAGUCGUUAUUCAGAAUGGACAAAGACCAAUUCCUUCGGAAGAGGGCUGUAGAAACGUUCAACAUUAAGCCGUCGGAAGUAAAAUACUAUGAGUUUGAACCACACAUUCUCUUCGACGACGCAUUCGAAACAAACGACGAUGACGUAAGAGUACCGAACUCGUUUGUGAAUCUCCUCGUCGAAUUGAUGGAGGAAGCUGCAAGCUCAGUACAUGAACGAGCAAUGACCAUCCAACCCCCUUUCAAAAUACCAACUCCAUACGGCGGCCAGUUGGUAUACUUGAUGCCUGGGAACAACUUGAUGUUCAUCCAUUUGAAAGACAAAAACAAAAUCCGACACAGAAAAAGAUGGUCACAGGUGAUGUACAUGUACUACCUUCUUGGAUAUCGGAUCCUCAAAGAGUGUCAGGAGCUUGUUUUGACCGCAAUGAGAGAAAACAGGUUCAACGAUCUUGCAAGUUGGCGGGAUUUCGAGGGACAGAAUACCGGCAAAGUGGAGAAAAGUCAAAUAUUUCAGUAUUUGGACGAGGAAGUAGUUUACAGAGCGCAGAACACGUUUCUCCUGGCGCUAGAUGGCGAUGUCGACUUCACUCCGGGGGCAGUACACAUGCUCAUGGACAAGAUGAAGAAGAAUGAAAGAGUCGGGGCGGCUUGCGGUCGUAUUCACCCAAUCGGCAAAGGUCCUGUUGUUUGGUAUCAGAAGUUUGAAUACGCCGUGGCCCAUUGGCUACAGAAAUCCACAGAACACGUGCUUGGCUGUGUAUUGUGUAGCCCUGGAUGUUUUAGUAUGUUCCGUGGUUCAGCUAUCAUGGACGACAACGUCAUGCGGAAGUACACAAUCCUUCCGAGUGAAGCUUCCCAUCAUCUCAUGUAUGACCAAGGCGAAGACAGGUGGCUUUGCACCCUUCUGCUGCAGCAGGGUUAUCGUGUUGACUAUGCAGCUGCUUCAGACGCCUUCACAUAUGCACCGGAAGGGUUUGACGAGUUCUUCAACCAGCGACGACGAUGGAUGCCUUCCACCAUUGCCAACAUCCUUGACUUACUGCAAGAUGGGAAAAACACUGUGGCUGCCAAUAACAACAUUAGCUGGCUCUACAUAUUCUAUCAAGGGUGUCUGAUGGUGUCGACAGUAAUUGGUCCAUCCACAGUACUGAUGAUGAUUGCUGGGGCAUUGGUGACUGUCUUCAACGUAGAAUUAAUGGCUUCCUAUCUCAUAUCCGGUAUUCCCGCUAUACUGUACUUUUUCAUGUGUUUCUGGGUGAAGACCAAAUACCAACUCUUAGCGGCACAGUUUCUUAGCGCAGCGUACGUGUUCAUCAUGAUGGUCGUUUUCGUCGGGUGUAUUGUCACUGCUGUCAAAGAAAACCCUUUCCAUCCAAGUGUCAUAUUUCUGGCAUCUCUUGUCAUCAUUUUCCUGAUAUCUGCCUGCUUCCAUCCACAGGAAUUUAGCUGCAUUAUAUUUGGAGCACUUUAUUUCGUUUGUGUUCCCAUGGGAUUUUUACUUCUGGUGAUUUAUUCCCUUUGUAACAUGCACGUUGUAUCAUGGGGAACUAGAGAAGUGCCCAAGAAGAAGACAAAACAGGAGUUAGAAGAAGAGGAAAAGCUAAAGAAAGAGAAAGAAGAAAGAAAGAAGCAGGGUUUUCUAGCGCGAUUUAUGCCCAAACUGCAAUUUCAGGACAUGUUCAAGGUGAUUAAUGACAUGCAGAUGACAAAGAAAAAAGAAGAUGAAACGGCAGAAAUGUUAAAGGCAAUGAACAGGAACUUUGAAGCAUUGUUACGGCUCCAACAAAACCCGAAUGGCAAACAGCCAGAGCAUGUUCAGGACACUGAAGACGUUCCGGAAAUCGUCGUCUCCAAGGAUCCGCCGUCGAUCCUAAAGAAAAAGGGCGUUACAUUUCAGGCGGAAACGCCUAUUGAAAGCACUCCAGACGAUGUGACCUUCGGGAAAUCAGCGAAACCAACGAAACCAAAAAGCACUGAGCGAGAUCGUCCGGAAUGGGUGGAUUUGAAAAUUCUUGGAAGCGGAGAUAUCCUACAAAUGAACUCUGCUGAGGAAGCGUUUUGGAAAGGUUUCAUUCAAAAGUACCUUUACCCUUUGGAUGUUGAUAAAAAUAAGCAGAAAGAAACCGCAGCUAAAUUGAUAGAGCUUCGGAACAGCGUGUGCGCUGGUAUGGCAAUAAUCAAUUUGUUGUGGAUAGCCAUCAACUUCAUGUUCCAACUCCGCAAACCAGCAGUCAUUUCUUUUCCAACACCGACUAAUCUGGAUGACUCCGAACUGAAUGAAAACAACCUCGAAAUUGAUGCCCUUGGUAUGAUGUUUGUCAUUUUCUAUGUUCUUAUUCUGUUCAUCCAAUUCAUCGGUAUGCUGAUGCACAGAUGGGGAACAUUCCUACACUUGAUUGCCAUUACUGAUGUACCGAACCCCUUUCAGAAGAGUUUAAGCCAAGACAUUGAAAAGGGGGACUCAAAAUUAGUAGCAAAGAAAGUGCUGGAGUUUUGCGAAAAAUUGGAUUCAGAGCCGAUGCCGGAUUACCCCAUGGACAGCGACGAUGAAGAAGAAGAGAAAAAGCAAACGCAGAACGUCUUGAAGGAGGUGAUCAACAACUUACAAGCCAAAGGAACCAGAAAUAUUCCAGGAUCGUCAAACCCACUUGGAAAAAGUUUGCGAGGAACAGGACUUGGUAGUUCAUACAGAACAUCUGCCAGAAACAGCAAAGGUAACAUCAGAUCGAGUGAGUUUGUGCGAUCCAUUCUAAGGCGGACAGCAGUAUCAAAUGAACCUCUUUUUGAAGGAAAUGACAAAAAGUCUUUAGAGGCAGUUUUGGGUGCAACGAAGUUUAAUGAUGUUGAAAAAGAGGCUCCAAGGCCACGUUUCGGUGCUGGUUUGCAACUGCAAAAACAUUUCGUAAAGGAGGUUAGAAACAGGAGACUACCAAACGUACCAGAAGAUUUUAGGAGAAAGGAAAAUGGUGGUCAAAAUUUAGGUCAAACUCUUCAAAGAGGCGCGUACGAUCCGGAGCCAGACACUGGAACUAUUGACAGUGAGGAGAUUUAUGAUACGAUUCCAGCCAUAGGAACGAUGGGUAAAAACUUCGCAAAGAAAUUUAAGAAGUAUAGACAACAGGAAUCAAGUGCAGAUAGAAGAGCAUAUUCUAUGCAUGGGCGGAACAGCCGGUAUGAGACCUCGUCGCAGCUUUAAAGGAUUCCAAAGACAGAAAAUAUUCGCCAAAUUACCAGGAAGAUACACAAAAUCAGUAUUGAUCAUCAAAUGCACAGUUAAUUACAUUGUUGAAUGUUUUUAAUUGCUUCUUACAUACCACUUUUCAAUGCCGGCAGAGCUAUGUAUAAGGUAAAAAUCUAAGACAAGAUGGACACGGGUAAGAAUCAACUGAAGAGGAGGAUGUGUGUUCUGUUGACUCAGCCGCUAUUGUGUACUCAAUUCAGCUAUCUGAAACAGUUUAUGAUGGCCAUGUUAAAUGAGUUGCGUUCUCGAUUCAGCUAUUUAAAACAGUUUAUGAUGGCCAUGUUAAAUGAGUUGCGUUCUCGAUUCAGCUAUUUAAAACAGUUUAUGAUGGCCAUGUUAAAUGAGUUGCGUUCUCGAUUCAGCUAUCUGAAACAGUUUAUGAUGGCCAUGUUAAAUGAGUUGCGUUCUCGAUUCAGCUAUUUGAAAUAGUUUAUGAUGACCAUGUUAAAUGAGUUGCGUUCUCGAUUCAGCUAUUUGAAACAGUUUAUGAUGGCCAUGUUAAAUGAGUUGCGUUCUCGAUUCAGCUAUCUGAAACAGUUUAUGAUGACCAUGUUAAAUGAGUUGCGUUCUCGAUUCAGCUAUUUGAAACAGUUUAUGAUGGCCAUGUUAAAUGAGUUGCGUUCUCGAUUCAGCUAUCUGAAACAGUUUAUGAUGGCCAUGUUAAAUGAGUUGCGUUCUCGAUUCAGCUAUUUGAAAUAGUUUAUGAUGACCAUGUUAAAUGAGUUGCGUUCUCGAUUCAGCUAUUUAAAACAGUUUAUGAUGGCCAUGUUAAAUGAGUUGCGUUCUCGAUUCAGCUAUCUGAAACAGUUUAUGAUGACCAUGUUAAAUGAGUUGCGUUCUCGAUUCAGCUAUUUGAAACAGUUUAUGAUGGCCAUGUUAAAUGAGUUGCGUUCUCGAUUCAGCUAUCUGAAACAGUUUAUGAUGGCCAUGUUAAAUGAGUUGCGUUCUCGAUUCAGCUAUUUGAAAUAGUUUAUGAUGACCAUGUUAAAUGAGUUGCGUUCUCGAUUCAGCUAUUUAAAACAGUUUAUGAUGGCCAUGUUAAAUGAGUUGCGUUCUCGAUUCAGCUAUUUGAAACAGUUUAUGAUGACCAUGUUAAAUGAGUUGCGUUCUCGAUUCAACUAUUUGAAAUAGUUUAUGAUGACCAUGUUAAAUGAGUUGCGUUCUCGAUUCAACUAUUUGAAAUAGUUUAUGAUGAUUAUGUUAAAUGAGUUGCGUAUUCAAUUCAGCUAUUUGAAACAGCUUAUGAUGAGCAUGUUCAAUGAGUUUUGUGAAUUGUGAAGUUUCCUUCAUUUUAUAUUUUAAAAUGUUUUGUUUAGAUAAAUGAAGAUCCUUCCAAUGGUCUCAUGAAAUAUGAUUCGAGUUCCAAAAGUGCUUGAGAUUUUUCUGACAAUAUAUACUGUUGAUGAGGAUAACAUUCAAAUUUAAAAGGAGAAACAUUUAAACCUCAACAUAAACAUUUAAAUGUGUUUACCGAUUAUAAUCGAAGUAUCUCUAUAGUGUGGAUUCUUUAUAUUUUAAUCAUCAUAUUGUAUUUCCUCUUCAUCAUCCUUAUUUAAUGUUAAGUGUUACAUUGAAGUUUCAUUUUGGCAGGUGACCACCAUUGUGACGUCCCCGAACUCGCCGACAAAACAUUACACCAAAGCCUAAAUGAGAACUGUAAAGUUUGUCAGAAACAAAAUCAUAAUUUCUGUUCAUAUGCAUAAUUACUGAUUAACCUCUGCAUACAAUCAUAGCUAAUUGCGACGUCGAGCGUACUUUUUUUUUUUUAUAAAAACAUGCUUUCAAACUAACCGACACAGAGAGAAAACGCUUCGAUCGUCUUAUAAUUAGGACAAUCAUGUAAUCGAUCCAGCAAUCUUAUUAAAUACAUGUGUCAUGGUAACGUCGGCCAUCAACACUGAUAAUUGAUUACAUGUAUAUUAUAUAAUAUAUUGGUAUGUGUGUCAAGUCUAGUUAUGUUACUGUUUAAACUUGGUUUGUAUACUAAGUACAGAUAUACAUGUAUAUUUAUGUUUAUUUUUUAAGUGACGAUUUACAGGAAAUAUAUUUAUAAAAAAAACUGUUCUUGAUACAAGAAAAUUUUGCAAUGUGUAAAUAUAGCAUCUUUUUGUUUUAUCAAUAACAAAAUGAAAUAGUCAUUAA